CGCCAGCCAGGUCACGAACCGGUACACGGUGGUCAGGUCUUCUCCUAUUGGUCUCCCUCACCAUUCUUCUUUUCUACAAGUCCAACCAUUCUUUCUGGUUUCUUUCUUCUCAACCAUAUGAACACUCCUGUUCUACCCACCUUUCAAACCCUUCUGUAUCAACCUCAUCAAAGCAUAGCUUCUACAGGACUACUACCCAACACUAUGCUGUAA